AGCCCCGCGGUUUCUUUUCACGGCCACGCCUCUGCUGUUUCAUUUUGGCGGGAAAAUCUGUCGAACUCGAACCCUAACCAGGCGGCGCCAUGGACAAGUUCCUCGUCGCGGUGCCGCCUUCCGCCGACGAGGGCCCCAAAGCGCCACAACCGCCGCCUCGGAGGUGGCACCGGUGGAGCCGUAUUGCCGUGGAGCUGGAUGGCCGUGUCGACGCCAGGUUUCGACAUCGGGAAUCCCGCCGUCUCCUCGAUUCCCUUGCCGAGAUUAGGACCUUCGAACACAAGUACUACACGCAUGGCGAGGAACGGUGCCCGACAUAUGUGAAUCGCAUGAUUAAUGCUUCAACAUUUGCUGGGUGUUACCAUCCAGCUAGGGAGGGGGUUUCGGCAAUGGAAUUUGAUAAAAAGGGAGUAUACCUCGCAUCAGUGACAAUCUCAGGAUGUUUAACAGUGCAUGACUUUGAGACCUUAUACUGUUCCUUGUAUGGCCCAUCAUGUAGUUUACCAGAUGACUCAUCAAAUUAUGUGCUCCAUAUAUCAAACUCAAUGCCUCUGUGUGCUGUCCGAUGGAAUCCAGGAAAUCAAGACGAGAUUGUUUGCUCAUCUAGCCAAACUGACAAAGUUUUACUGUUUGACAUUGGGUACGUCUCAUCUGCUCCGACUGAAGUUUUACAGAAAGGGAAGACCAAAUUUCAUGGUCUCUGCUCGGAAUCCCGGAAGGGUUUGACUGAUCUAGCUUUUACUCCAGACGAUAAGUCACGGCUAUUUGCUUCUGGACUUGAUGGUGCAGUCUACAUGUGGGACAGGCGGCUAAGUAAGACACACUGUGUUGAGCUUACAGCACUCCCAGAAUCUCAAUUUACCAGUGUCAAGUUAAAUAUGGAUAAUCGGACAGUGUUUGGCGCAACUAGAAAUGGGACCAUUCAUGUUUGGGAUACACGUGGAGGGAGGGCAUCAGCUGCUUUUCAAAGCCAUAAUGAGGUUCAACCUUUGUCAUCAGUGAAGAUAUCAACGUUGUUGGGAAAAAUUGCAUCGCUGAAGGAACAAUCAAACAUUGUUUCAAGUGAAAUUCUGUCGAUAGACUUUAACCCUAGUUGCUCAUAUCAGUUAGCCUUCCAUCUUGAUGAUGGGUGGUCUGGAGUCCUGAAUGUCAACACUUUCAGUGUUAGUCAUCUGCACUGCCCUCCUCCUGCUUGGUUGGAGGGUGUGGGCUCUGUGUUGCAUAAGCGGAAAGCGACCUGGCUGUCAACAUCUUCAAUUUAUGCAGUCGGAUCUUCCUCCAGUAAUGGAAUGUAUGCACUGGAUUUUCAUCCAGAUACAAGCUCUGCAUGCCAUGUGGACUACAACGAGGAAACAAAAGGCUCCGAGGAAAAUCAACCUGCAGAAAACAAGUUUAUUCCCUUAUCCGAAAGGGCGCUUUCCUGUGCAGCCCAUCCACUCAGUCACAACAUAAUUUGCGGUACCGAGUUCUCGUCGUUGCUCAUGGUAUCACAAAAGUAUGAGACCGUCAGAGAUCCAGAGUAGGGCCCGAGCACAUCAGGAGCUUCCUCCAAGCACAAGCAAUAUCCGGCAUUAUUAUCUCAUGGACGCCCUGCACAUAAGAAGGACGUGUGCAGCAUGGGACUUUGUUGAAUUUGGUUGGCAGGUUGCUUUAGCUGGGGAAGUUGUGUAGUUGGUCACAAGAUUCAGCUUGCGGCCAGAAGACCAAUGGACAUGGUCGUUGCACUUGAUCUUUCAAGUGUUGGCUUAUGGGGGCGAGGAGGAUUGUUCACUUGUAAUUACUGUUUCUUCUUUAGCCAUCCGAUCCGAUGGUAUACAGAAAGUGCUGUCAUCUGUAUAUGUCUUGGUCUGUACCUGAACUAUUUGGAAUCAGUUUGAUUUGUGUUGUGUAGAUGAACCCUCUUGAUUCGUCAUGCUUAAGAUGGAAAAUUGCCACGUA